CAUAAACUUUGGACACCUCCUAUAUAUAAUCAUCCCUCUUCUCCACAAAUCAUUUCAUAAUUCACACUGCUUUCCUUUCCUUCUCUCUCUUUCUUCUGCUCUUCACCUUUAUUUCCAAGAAAAUACUUCAAAAUCUUUAACGGAAAAUGGAUACAAGUUGUAUAGAUGAAAGCACAACCAGUGAUUCUGUAUCCAUGACACCGAUCUCCGUGGCCUCGACGUUGCCGGUGACUAAGUCGCCGGAGAGUCUCUGCCGUGUCGGAAGUGGCACGAGUGUGAUCAUAGAUGCAGAGGUCGGUGUUGAAGCUGAGUCGAGGAAGCUUCCUUCUUCGAGAUUCAAAGGUGUAGUCCCUCAGCCUAAUGGCAGGUGGGGUGCACAAAUCUAUGAAAAGCACCAAAGGGUUUGGUUAGGCACUUUCAAUGAAGAAGAAGAGGCAGCCAGGGCGUACGAUAUCGCCGCCCAAAGGUUUCGAGGCCGAGAUGCAGUCACUAACUUCAAACCAUUGUCUGAAAGUGAAGAAGAUGAUGUUGAAACAGCCUUCUUGAAUUCUCGUUCCAAGGCUGAGAUUGUCGACAUGUUAAGGAAACAUACAUACAGUGAUGAACUCGAACAAGGCAGGAAGAACUAUGGCUUGCUCGAUGGCAGUGGCAGAAGGUUCACCAAUAAAGACGGCGUUUUCAGCUCAUUUGGUGGCAGCGAUAGGGCGGCCAAAGCCCGAGAACAGCUCUUUGAGAAGGCGGUGACUCCUAGCGACGUAGGGAAGCUCAACCGCCUGGUUAUUCCAAAACAACACGCAGAAAAAAACUUCCCUUUACAAAGUGGGAACAAUUCCAAAGGGUUGCUUCUAAAUUUCGAAGAUUUGGGUGGAAAAGUAUGGAGAUUCCGAUAUUCUUAUUGGAACAGUAGCCAAAGCUACGUCUUGACAAAAGGCUGGAGUAGAUUUGUCAAGGAAAAGAACUUGAAAGCCGGAGACAUUGUGAGCUUUCAACGAUCAACCGGACCAGAUAAUCAACUCUACAUCGACUGGAAACCGAGGAACGGAUCGAACAUUACCCAACCCAUUCCGAUGGUAAGACUGUUUGGAGUGAACAUAUUCGAGGUACCAAGUAAUGAAAGUUUCAGUAGUGGAAAAAGGAUGAGAGAAAUGGAGCUUUUGGCAUUAGAAUGUAGCAAGAAACAAAGGGUUAUUGAUGCUUUGUAACAAUCUGUAUUCCAAUUUGUUUUUUGUUAUGGGUUUGGAGUAGUGCAGAUGUUCCUGUUGGAAGGAGAAAUGUUGUUGCAAGUUGCAAAAGUUAAAUUGUAUAAAGAUAACAAGGCUGAAGAGCUGGAAAUGAUUAGGUGGGAGAAAUAUGGAAAUACAAAACUUUGUCAAUUUGUUCUUUCAAAGUUUAUGUGAACUGAUUUUCAUAUAUUUUUGACAUA